AUGAUUCUUGUCACCGGAUUGUUCGGGUGCCCCGACAAUCGGGUGACCAAACCGCAGUUUGGUGGGCUGGGAAUUGACGAGGCCAAGAACUGCCCUGGCUGGCGGUUGGACCGACCGGCGCUUGACGACUGGCAGGUGCGCGACCGCGAAUUGACCGACCGGCGGCUGACCGGACGCGGCGAGAAGGGCUGCUUGCUUUCAUUAAUAAAGUUGAAGUUGGAAUGGGAUCGGGUCGUUAAUGCUAAGCACAGAGCCCAAGGAAAUACCCUAGCAUUGGCGAGAAUAGCUAAAAAUCCACCGGUGGUUCCAAACCCGGGACCGAAACCACUUCUAUGGAGGGAACAGAAAGCAAAAGCGAAUCCUCUCAACGCUGCCAUCGUCGUUCAUAAGCCUGUUGAAUCUACAGUUGCGUUGUUUGGCCAGCCUUCAGACUAUGCAGCUUCGUUGCACGAGGCUGUUGUGGGCACCGAAAGUGUUGCGUGUCUCUGUCCGAUUACCGUUUAUCCGAGUGUCGUAAUUUUUCUCGCUUUGAUCAGUUCCUGUUUACCCGGAGUCUCCGCGGAUGAAGUUAGUCCCCGAGUCAUUCCACGUAUUUCGGUCAGCACACCUGAUGAUGCCAUUGCUGAGAAGAGGCGGGCUGUAGAUGAGUGGCUGGAAGGCUGCUCUCAGCUUCGGAAACGAAAUUUCAGCGUAUCGCAGUCGUCAUUGGAAAGCUCUGACUCUGGUUUUGCUACUGAUGAAAAUUUAAGACGAGCUUUAAACUGUCUUCCGGUUGAGAUACCCUCUCUCGACCUUUGUUACGAUGGAAAUGGUCCACUGGAAGAGUGGAAAGAUCUGGUCAGGAGUUACCUUGCGAGAGCUGGUGACUUUCAUGUGCACAAUGUGGAAUCCGUUCGCAAUCUCAUGACAACUCAGGAAAUUUACAAGUGCACUGUGAGGGAAGGGCCGGAUAUGCUGAGGGAUGCCAUCAAGUUUGGGGAGACGGAAAUUUUGAAGAAUUUCUUGGCGAUCGGAUUUGAUCCGAACGCCCCGAACCAUUGUCAGCAAACGUUGCUGCAUUAUGCUGCCCAAUCUGUGGAUGCUGAGGAAUACUUACGGGUUUUGCUUGAUGCUGGGGCUGAGAAUCGACGUGACAUGAAGUCCAAGUUUCCGUACCAUUACUUGUCCAGAGACGAGAAUUCCGGAAGCAGCGUUCGAUGCAGAGAUCUCCUGAAAGCAAAGAAGAAAUCUUCUUUCUUGCAAUUGGUCGCAUCCGGAGAUUGGAAAAGCGUUAAGAGUCGCGUUCGUCGUCAUGGCGCAGUGACUGCGUCGGAAUGGGACGAAGUGAGGGACGACAAGAACAUAUUUGCAUGGGCGGAAGAACUGGGAGCUGGAGAACGACUAAUCGCGGAAUUGAACUUCUUCAAGGGACUCUCCGUCAACCCUUUGAGCAAGAAAGAGAUUCAGGAAGUGAAAAGAACGGCCCAGGAGACCUACAAAAGACUGAAGUUUUUCGUCGACACGUCGGAUCCCCAGGAAUGUCCCAAAAUCUGCGACGAAAGUCCUUUAAUGAGCCGCCUUGUUACCAGCAGUGACAGCGAUAAAGACGCGUGGGCCGACACGCCGAAGAGCCUCUGUCUUCGAGGUUCGUCGCGUAAACGUCGUCUCAUUGCUGCUACCUCAUCCCCUGUGGCGACCGCAGAAACUCCGCUGAAAAAAUCGGCACGCGGAUUGUCGGAGAGAAGAAAAUCGAAGCGUUUGUUUUGUUGAAGUGGGGUUGAUCUUCGUUUUUUAUUCUAUUUUUUACGAUCGAUGAAACUGUGUUGAAGUGGCUUUUUUGUUCGUUGCGAUUGGCGUUAUUUAAUUUUCAGAAGCGGUUUUUUUUUACGUUUUGUACCGCGCGUGACUUGGUGCGUGUUUUAAAAUUAAUCUGUUUCGGUCGAAGUAGAAAUCUUCGAGUCACUGCGUUCGUUCAAUUCUUCCAUGGCUUGGCGUUUACCUCAAAACUUUUCAAUCAUCACUUCGUUCCCUGCGACGAAAAAUUUGCUUUCAGAAAACUUCAUAUUUUUCUACUUUUGCAGCUUUUCAGGAUAGUACUGACAAAUAUUUCCUGUUUGAAAAAUAAAAAAUGCUGCUGAGCACGUUUGCUGUGGUAGUUCUGAAGGUUUGACCAUUUUUUCACGUUAAUCUUGUUUUUUUUCUUGUGGAGAAAAACACUUGAAAUAUUGCAUUCGAUGUUUCUUGGCAAAUUUGUUUUUCUUGACUGUAUUUGAAUGCGUUUGGAGUUUGAGUUUUCCGCGUUCCCUCGAUUUUUCCUCUGUUUCUUCCGAACAAAAAUUUGGUAUUUUAUGGGUACAAAACCGUUGUGAAAGUCACCGGACAAAAUUUCGAAGCGACAGCAAUGCUUUGACAAAGUUUUUUCUUUUUGAAGUCUAGUGAAAUGUCUGGUCUCGCGAGAAUCAGUCGUGUUUUUCAAUCGUGCGGUUUUUUUUAUACCCUGAGUUCUGAACGAGCGAAUCAACUGCUAGAAGCAGGCACAAGAAAUGCGUUGACGAAA